GAGAGCGAGAGAGAGAGAGAGAGAGAGAGGGACAGAGAGAGAGACAGAGAGAGACAGACAAAGUGCUCGACAGUGCUCUGUGCAGCAGCACCACCACCACUACCACCACUACUCUUCCUCAGCAGUCUUUUACCAAGAUUCUGCUCUCCUCGUCUCUAGCUACUACUACUACUCCUACUACUACUACUACUACUACUACUACUAUACUAUACUAUACUAUACUACUACUACUACAACUACAACUGCUACUCUACUACUCUACUACUACAACUCUACCACCAGCAGGACCAUGGACACAGGCAGCCCCAGGAAGAUCCAGUUCACAAUGCCUCUCCUGGACUCACACCUGGACCCAGAGGCUGCUGAACAGAUCAGAAGACGUCGGCCCACCCCUGCUACCCUGGUAGCAUCUAGUGACCAGUCUUCUCCAGAAAUAGAUGAAGACCGUCUUCCAAACCAGUUAUACAAGGCAGCCCUGUUGAACUCUCCCAGGCAGAGGAGGAAGGCAGUAAGAGGCACGCCCACCAUGAAAGAGUUGCAGUUCAUGGUAGAACACCACCUGUACAAGCAGCAGCACGGUGGAGAUGAUGAGUGUUCCUCAGAGAGCUGUCUGUCAGACAGACCCAGCCCGGACGCUCUGCCCACCGGGGAGGAGGAUCUGGGGCUACCAGAGGACGAGGAGGCCUGGGGAACCGACGACAAGGUUACUGCGGAGGACUUCGAGAAACUGCGCUGCCAGAUGGAGGCAGAGUUUUCACAGGACAGUCUAUCAGAAGCUGCAGGGGGAUAUGAGUGCUCCGUCUCCAAGGAGGAAGUAGGAUGUUCCACCGUUCCCAUGGCAGCAACAUCAUCAUCACAACAACAACAACAACAACAACACACAGAAGCAGCCGCAGACACAAAAGCUGCAUCCACAGCGAGUCCACUGGCAGAGGAGAAAACAAAGAAACCCAGCCAGGAAAAACAAGACAAGUAGAACCAUGGAACAGUCUCCAUACCAACCUGUCUUGCGUCCCAAAUGGCAACCUAUUCUCUACAUAGGGCUCUGGUCAAAAGUAGUGCACUAUGUAGGGAAUAGGGUGCCAUUUGGGACCUUACGUUCAGUCAAUAACUACAGUCAACAGACAGACAGCAACUGAUCAUCCUUUGGAUAGACAGACACACUGUAGAUGUGGAGACAUCAGGGUGUCUGUCCGGCCAGGCAUUACACCGUGCAGGUGGAGAGAUGACUAGGCCUUUAUUUGUGUUAGUCCAAAAUCCUAUAUAAAGGGAUAACAAUGAGUUUAUUAUACAGUUUAUUGUUUCUAUUGCUUUAUUCAUUUGAUUGCCCCCACUAACAUGUAACCCAUUGUCUGAUGUGAAGUUCCAAACCAGGACAGGAAAUAUUUGGCUAUUUUUCAUGAAAAGUUUUUUUUUUUUUUGUAUACACAAACUGUAACAGCUUAGCACUCAAAUGUCUAAUAUGCAUAAUACUCAUAAAUCUAAAUAUUGUUUCAAGGUUAUUCUAAGAUUGAUUUGAUGUUUUACACAUUCCGUCCAGGACUCUUGAAGAGACUAGACCUUGGUGGGCUAAAAGAGACUCUCAUUAACUACAACAACAACAACAACAACAGCAUGCAGUCCUUAUUGAUAUUGGUGCCAUGAUGCCUGGAAUAUUGUUCCAUUGAGACGCAAUAACAUUGUCUAUUUUUAGUCACAGGGCAGUCAGAGUCUGCAUCACUAUUCCUCAAAUAGUGCACUACGUUUGACCAGAGACAUAUGGGGUGGUGUACUACUGUAUUUUGGGGGACAUGGUGCUAUUUGGGACGCAUCCUUGGAAUCAUCAAUGAUCAAAUCUGGAGCAGAGAUCAGAGUGUUUGAGUCCAAAUUAACAGCCAUACAGAAAGACUCAUGUGAAGGCCAAAUUACAGAGGAGGAACUUCUUGAUGCAAUUAAAGCCUUUAAGUCCGGGAAAAAUCCAGGGCUGGGUGGCUUACAAGUGGAGGUAUACCAAACAUUUAUUUAUAUACUCAGAGGACCGUCCAUUUGAGUCCCUGAAGUCCCCAUGACAGAUCUGAUGAAGGGACCUUUCAUUGGACAGGACUCUGGCUAAACUUUGACCUUUUAAACUAAAACAACAUUUAUUUACGUGUCUACUGACAGACCACUCAUGGCAUGACUUUAGCACUACCCACCCCUUAGUUCUGUACUCCCCCCACUACAUACAGUGAGGGAAAAAACUAUUUGAUCCCCUGCUGAUUUUGUUUGUUUGCCCACUGACAAAGAA